GUGGCCGGUACGGGUGUGAACGUCACAAACAAAUAUUAUUACUAAUCGACCAUUUUUUUUUUGUACUUCUCUUUAAAUGUCGUAAAAGUGCGCAUUUUUUUAUUACAGAAAAUAUGCUAAGCCGUUAGCAGUUAUCGGUCGAUGCAAGGAUUAACGGCCGUUCGAAAUGACAAUUCAGAGAGCCACCUACUACGUACAGGUAACAAGGUCGGUGUCGAACGCAUCUUCGGCGAUGCGAGGCAAGCGCGAACCGUCGACACGAGCCGUCGUUUCGGAAGUGGCUGUGACCGAGCGGUCGUGUUACGGCGUUUUCCGUCAACUAGAGCCCGACGAUGGCGGGGAUAGGCCGGUCGACUUCAUUGCCGGCCGGUCACCGCAGCCGCCGUCACCGCCGGUAUCGGCCGACCGCCUCAGUCCGCGAGAGCACGCGUUCGCGUACGGCACCGAUUGCUGCGUUAACGACUGUGACGACGACGAUCGCGAUACGUUUUCCGCGUACUGUGAUACCGUGGUGACCAACAACAGUGUAGCGGCGUCCGCGGCCGGCGGCACCACUACGGGCGGCUGUGAAGACGACGACGGUCUCAGCGAUUUGGACACUGUCGUUUGGGACGAAUACGACUACACGGCGACAACGAGGACGCCGUCCGUGGCCGCCAACCUAGCGACGGACACCGCCGUCAAUACGGCCGAUCCGCGUGCCGGGGGUGCGGCCGCCGCUCCGUACAGCCACACCCCCAUGGGCUCCACCACAAAGCUCGUCGGCAUCGACACGAGCAGCGACGAUACGCCAAAGAUAUAUUGCUGCAAGUCAAAAUGUUUGCAAGGUUUUGGCACGCUCCUCAUGACCAUCUCGCUGUCGAUCAGUCUAGCCAACAUCAUAAGACUUCCCCGGAUGGUGUACCUGUACGGUGGUGGUACGUUUUUGGUGUCAUACCUGGCAGUGGCUUUAGUGUUCGGAGUGCCAUUGAUAUUUUUGGAGAUCACCCUCGGCCAAUUUUGUCAACAGGGCACCACUAAAUUAUGGCGGGCGGUACCUCUGCUAAAAGGCGUCGGUUUUGUCAAAGUCCUGGCUUCCAUGCUGUUGGCCGCAUACUAUCCGAUUAUAAUGGCGUUAUCGGUUUUCUACGGGACUCGCAGUAUCAUCGGAAGUAUACCGUUUCCGGAGUGUGGCAAUGCGAUCAAUUUUUAUCAGGGUUCGAUCGUUAAUAAGGGCGAGGAAUGUCUUCAGCAGACGUUUCUGAUGCCGCCGCACAUGAAUUGGCAGUGGAUCGUUAUGGACGUUUCGUUUAUUCUAAUCGUAUGGAUCGUGGUCGCUAUAAGUCUGAUAAAAAACAGCAAGUCUUAUAGGACGGCGGCGUUGCUCGUCGUGCCUGUCACUUUCGUGGCUUUGGCCAUUUUGCUGGCAAGAGGUCUGAACGCGGAUCGACGAGGACUGGAAAUACUGUUGGAGAUCCGAUGGGAUCACCUUUUGACGUUGGACAUAUGGUACCACGCGGUCGUGCAGUUUUUGUUUACCACUCAUUUGGGCUUCGGAAACAUCACCACGUGCGCCGGACGACUGUACUCAAAGUCCAAUCCUUUUUGGACUUCCGUGUUGCUGACUCUGUCCAGUGUGAUCGUAGGCGUUUGCAGCGUGUCCAUUGUGACCAUGUGGAUAUACGACAUGCAGAAAGCAGGCGCGGUCAUGUCACCGACCGCCGCCCUGUCCGAAGUCUGGUUUCUGACGUUCGUGUACGAAAUGGCCGCCAAAGGGGUGAUCUCGAACUUGUGGGCCACGCUAGUCUACGUUUUGGUCUUUUUGUCCGGAUUCCUUAGCUUGAUCGCGGCCACCUACACGGCCGUCGUAGGGCUGUCCGUCGAGACCAAGGAAAAGUGGAAGUGGUGGAUCCUGACGUGCACGGUCUGUUUUAUAGGUUUUCUCGUGGGCGUCCUGUGCCUGUUGCCCGAGAACCUGCAAGCUGUUCAUCUGCUGGACGAAUACGUGGUGGCUCGCAUGGUGGUCACGUCCACCGUUCUGGAGCUGAUCGGGUUUGUUUGGAUUUACGGGCUGGAAUCGCUUUCCAACGACUUUGAAUUCGUGCUCGGCUACAAGCUGUGCUUCCUGUGGAAAACCAUAUGGAUCGGCACCCCCGUUUUGUUCACGGUGCUGGAGAUCUGGAGUCUGUUCGUCAUGCCGCUGUCGCUGUCCGAACACAGCAGUCACGACUCCAUGUGGCUGUACGUUAUCGGCUGGUUGAUAUAUCUGUUCACGUGGUCUCUGAUACUGGGACUGGCCGUCUGGCAGAUAUCAGCCCAAGUAGAUUACAACGUGUCCCAGAAAUUCCUGAGCACCGUCAAGCCGUCCAGGAAUUGGGGACCGGUGGACACGAUCUACAGACACUGUUGGGUGCAGUGGAAGAAACAGUACCAGGUGACCGGCGAGAGGGACUUCACGUUGAGGCGUCGUGGCACCAGGGACUAUACACACUCCAUCAAGCGGGGAAAGCACGCCGCGCCACCGGGUACGGCGUACAGCAUAAGUCCUUCAUCGUUGGGCCGUACGUCGUCGGGUUACAGUACGGGCAAUUCGCCGGUGUCGCGCAACGACUCACAUUUGGACCGCACGCACGACCAUCUCCGGUGGAGCAGAGACAUGAAAGCCAUCAACUAUAUGUGAUCUAUAUUUAAAAAAAAAAAAAAAAAAUUAAUUAAUUAUUAAUUGUGGCAUCGACGCUUUCCACUUUUUAAAUAGUCUAUUAUUUCUUUUUUUUGUAAUUUUUAACUACUAUUAUGAUUGACAAGUGUUUGUAAAUUCGGUCAUUCUGAGCGAAUGGCUUUACGCUGUUUGUUGUGUUUACGUUGCUCGUCAAAGCGCAGGCUCGAGCAAGACGAGUUCGAGUUACCGUCAUAUUAAUUAACAAUGACUAAUCUAUUAUAGCCAAACAUUUUUUUUUUCGAAUUAAUUUUAUUAUUACACAAGUUAAAGGACUGAUUUGUACACAUUUUUUUUUUUUUUUUAGUUAUUUACACGUUCAAUAUUGUUGAACUGAAUUUUUAUAGCUACUACGUUAUUAUGUUGUAUAUAUAAUGAGAUAAUUAUACAAAGUUAUACGAUAGUGUUUUUUUUUCUAUAGAAUUUAAAUUUUAAAAAGUUGAUUUAUAAUAUAGACGGAAAUAUAAUUUUAUACAAAUAUUUUGCUCGAUA